AUGGCCUCCGACUACUUCCAGAAUUCCUGCCAGAACGAGACCAACUUCGUCGCCGAAAAGUUGGUAGCAAAAGCCUGGUACUGCCCCGCAGGGAACGGGAUCAAAUCUAUGGCGUACGAAGGUGAGGAUAGCAGCUCUCCGGAGCUUGAUGCAGCGUACGCAGCAGCUAAAAAGGUUUAUCGGCGAGACGUGACGGCUUUAAUGUGCAGCGACGGAUUUUCCGGACUGCGGUCAAAGCGGCAGUGGUGGUAUUGGGCGAUGGGCACUGCCGUGCCCCACAAGUCCUUAGAAAACGAUGGGCUGGUGGAGUUUUACAGCUGCGCAGGUGGUUUUGCUACCGAACAGUUCGGAGACAGCUACAAAGACGCAUUCUACGUGGCGAAGCUCAACCACGCCGAUACUGCGUUCCGGAAUGGAAACGCACUCCUGAACAAGGCAAAAAUGCCAGUCAAGUGGUUCGAGUGCCUGCUUUAA